CGUUGCUUGGGAGUGGCCGGUGUCGACUUGUCGGAUCUCUGUUUGUCGCACCGACGCUUGUCGUUGCCAUUGUUUUUUGGAUUGAAUUUGGGAUUGGGCGACAAUUUUGGGGUUUUUUGUUUUUUUGGAGCCGAGAAGAAUCUCGAGGGCGUCUCGAGUUAAAUGCAAAGUCGGCUCGGUGGUAUCGUGAAAACGAGACCAAGCAACAUGCCAGGGAACCAAAGCCUCCGUUUCCCCCUCCAAGACGACGACCUCAGUGAAGAUGACCUUUUCGUCCCUUUCUCAUCAAUGAGACUCGAUCCACCCUUAGAAGACGACCCCAGCAUCAGCUUCGCGCUCGCCAAUAUAGACGUGAGCGAUGACGAGGGCGAACCAGUCCCCGUGAGUCCCAAUCAUCGUUUGGUCCCUAGUAUAUUCACAGGGAUCUUUUCCAGACCCCAAUCAGCCCGGGGCACCACUUAUCAGCAGACGAGAGACUCCCUCACGGAUAUAGUUAACAGACUCAUGCAACUUGAGCGUCUUGUCGGCCAGCAUGUAUCUGCCCCGAUACCAAUCGCGAUCCACACCCAACCAGCCUUCGACGAGGCUCCGUACCCUAAUCAGCCGGCGAACUGGGAGACGCACCACGAGUACUUUCUUUGGUCGUGUCGAGGUAUUGUCUCCACAAUCACAGACCAUCUUCAGGCGGUUUUCCAAUUCUCGCCGCCGUUAGAGAGGUCGUUCGUGAGGGCUAAGUUGAAUGAUCACAACGCACUGAGGCAGUUUGAAUUCUUGCAGGAGUAUCUCCCAGGCGAGUCCCAUUCGAUCCAGCGUGCAGAGGCUCGUAUUAUCUUGUGGGAGACGGGUUUAUCGGACCCAGAUGCUCAAGAGGGCAGACAGCACAUGGAAAUACCCCAAUUCAGUCCCACAGACCAUCGAUACGAGAGACCUAAGAUACCGCAUGGUCAACCCCCUUUCACCGACUGGGUGCACAUUCAUGAUAGCUAUCUCUUGCUGUUUUUGGGCCAUCAUCCUCACGUUUUUUUGCGGCAGUGUCAUUGGAUGUUCGAUUGCCAGCCGACGGAUCAUUUUGUUUCUAUUAGGAUGGCACAGCUUCCGUUUUUGGGUAUUUCCGCAGAGGAUAUUAGCGAAGCAUUGGUGACUUUAAAGCGGUUUGGCUCACCAGCAGCGGCCGUUGAAGAAGGUGUUUUGGUUAUUUGAAUCAACAAACUGAUGUUUUUAAAAACAUGGAGCACUGGUAUUUAAUGUGUCGGACUCGCGGUAGAAGCUAUCAUGAAUUUUGCUACGUAUAGACCCGGUUAUUGGUUGAUGAUAAAUGUAUUCAUUCUCCCAGAUUAUGAAAAUAUAAAAUAAUAAAACAAAAACAAAUCAAAGAAUUGCCAAUUCGCGGGUCUCCCUAUCCCAGAGCAGUAUGGACUUUCCUUGGGCGGGGAUGCCCUUCAGCUUGAUGCCAUUGAUGGCGGUAUAUUCCAC